UUUUUUUUUUUAUUCCUGUAAAUAAAAAUUGAAACGAAAUCGAAAUCGAAAACGCAAAAUAUGUUGCUAUGCAGCGAAAUGCACCUGUGUGUCUGCGCACUCAGUGAAGCCUGAAGAGCCAAGCCACAAAAGUGUAAAGUGCACUGGCCAGCAACAGCAGCAGAAUUAAGCCGAAAAAAAAUACAAUUACAAAUACGAAACAAAACAAAGCAACACCAACAGCAACAACAACAGCCUUUUAUUUUUUUGUUUUCAUUUUGCAACUCGAGAAUUUCGCGCGUCGCUCGCUGCGCUCCAAUUGCAGUAGCGCUUGGCUAUUGUUGUUGUUGUUGUUGGGCGUGCUUCUCUUCUUCUGCUAAGCGACCCACACACAAAUGAGCUGCGCCUGAGGCGGAAGCAGAAGCAAUACCAGCAGCGAAGAUGAUGAUGAUGAUGUCGCCAGCAUCGGCUGCGGCCUCGGCCUCGGCCUCGACCGACUGCAGCAGCAGCAGCAUGCAGGGCUCGACGACGAGCAGCGCCUCGAGCGAUGUGAUGACGCUGACCACAACGGCGGCGUCGUCGUGGUGCGCCAUGCCGGCCAGCACACGCUUGCGUGUGGUGCGGCUGGUGCGGCCGCAUCAGCGCCGGCUGCUGGUGGUGCCCGAGCGCAGCGCCGCAUUCGGCUUUGCGGUGCGCGGCGGCAAGGAGCAUGGGAUCGGGUUCUUCGUCUCGCACGUGGAGCACGGCGGCGAGGCGCAGCUGAAGGGCCUGCGCAUUGGCGACCAGAUCUUGCGCAUCAAUGGCUAUCGACUGGAGGAUGCGGUGCACAAGGAGUUCAUCCAGCUGGUGGCCAGCCAGGAUCGAGUCACGCUCAAGGUGCGAGGCGUGGGCAUGCUGCCAGUCAAGGACCAGCCGGAUGAGCGUCUGUCCUGGAGCGUGGUCAAGCUGCCCAGUGUGAGUGGAACGCCCUCGGAGAGCUCGUUCAAGGCGACGACGGAUCGACGCACGGCCAGCCGGGACAUCAAUGUGGUGCUGCAUGUGGCGCCGCGCACCAAGCUGGGCCUGGGCAUAUGCAAGGGGCCCGAAUGGAAGCCGGGCAUCUUCGUGCAGUUCACCAAGGAGCGCAGCGUGGCCCGGGAGGCGGGUCUGCGGCCGGGCGAUCAGAUACUCAGCGUAAAUAGCAUCGACUUCUCGGACGUGCUCUUCAGCGAGGCCGUUGCCGUCAUGAAGGGCUCCAGCAAGCUGGACAUGGUGGUGCGCACCGCCGCCGGCUGCGAUCUGUUUCCCGGCGAGUCCAGCGGCUACAAUAGCUCGGCGAGCUCCGUCACUGGCGACCAGAGUCCGUGCUGGGCGGACGCCAAGUCCAAGCGGCUGACGGCCGUGCGCGAGGAGCCCACCCAGGCGGGUGGUGCGGCGGUGCAGCACAAGCAAGUGAACAAGACCAUCAUCAAGCUGACCGAGAACGGCACCUCCAUCAACAGCACCUACAUAGCCAAUGCCUGCGGCACUCAGCGGGAGCACGAGCAAGCUCUGGAACAGCUGUCGGUCAGCCGCAGCACCACAAUGCGACGCAGCUGCUCGGUGGCUGCGCCCACACCACCGCCGCCAGCUGCAGCGGGGGCAGCGGGAACAGCGGCAGCAGCGCCGGCGCCAAGCAGCAGCAGUGCUGGCAGCAGUCUCUCCAGUGCCAUAACCGAGGAGCUCAAGAAGCGCAAAGAGAAGCAACAACAGCAGCUGGUGGUGGGGCAGCGGAGCAGCCAAUUGAGUCGCGAUCGCGAUAGGCCCAGAGAUCGCGAUCAGCGCACUGAAGAUCGACCACACAAUGGCGCUGGCAGCAGCCGCAGCAUUGCACAAGUGUCGCACAAACGCGAACGCAAUGCAGCGAGCGGUGCAGCCAGCGGAGGUGCGGGUGGUGGCGCCGGUGGUGCAGCAACUGCAACUGGCGAUCAGCACACGGCGCUGAUGGAUGAGUUUAAGCGCGCGCAUCAGCGCAUGUUUCGGAACGGGUUCCAUGAGAGCGAGCACAAGGAGCGCGGCGAGACGCUGAAACGCACUUCGAUUAUGCCCGAUGAUAGCUGCUAUCGCAACAACAACAACAACAACAGUAACAGCAACAGCAACAGCAACAAUAACAGCAACAACAGAAACUAUAGCAGCAACAGCAACAGCAGCAGCAGCACCAGCAAUACUACCAACAGCGGAAGCAAUCGCAUGUUGCUGCUCAAUGGUAACAGCAACAACAACAACAGCAACGUGAAUGGAACGCCGGAAUUGCCACCGCCGCCACCUCAGUUUGCCAAUCCACAGCAGAAGCAGCAACAGUCGCCGCCACCACAGCCGCCCGCACAGCUCAAGCUGAGCAUACCCAACGGCAGCGGCAACAGCAAUGGGAAUGGGAAUGGACAGCCGCUCUCCGCUCGCAGCAAGCAGCUGAGCUCAGCGCCAGCAUCAGCAUUUGCAUCGGCGUCGCCUCUGUCGCCCGUGCGCAGCCCCAACGUGCAGAUGCGUGCGCCAGCAAUGCCGCAGCCCGACUACGAUGCAGCAACGGCAGCGCCAGCAAAUGGGACGCAGCAGCGACGCACGCUGCGGCUGGGCACGGUGACGAUUGGCGAGUACAGCGGGGAGCAGCGCAGCAAGCGGGAGAUGCUGCGCAGCACAAACGCUGGCAGCGCUCAAACGAAUGGCAUACUCAAGAAUGGCAAUCGCAGCAGCAACAGCUUCAGCACCAGCAACGGCAACAGCAGCAGCAGCAGCAACAGUCGCCAGCAGCAGCAGCAGCAGCAACAGCCAGAAAAAUCUAUUAAAUUUGGCAACUAAUAAAAUAUCGAAAAAAAAAACAUUUGUGCAAUAUGUUUUAAGCAGACGUAGUACAAAAGCAAAAAAA